UCCACAGGGGACCCCUGUGAAGCUUGAAGCCCCAGGCUUCCCCUGCGGUAAUGUAGGGGAUUGGUAGGAUAUAAGUAUCUCUGAGAUACUGGAUCUGGCAUCCCUUUCUGCCCUGGUCAUUAUUAGCCCAUUACUGUGAUAAUGUUUCUAAAUUAAUAAAUCCCAAACACUAAAAAGCUAUAAAUGAAUGUAGGUUUUUUAACUUACAAUUGUGUGAAAAAUAAGAAUUCUGCAGGUUUUAGACAGUGCUAGUACAAGAUACCAGGGAUGAAAGGUAGUGAAAGUACAAGAUACAAGGCAUAAAGGGGAGUGUAUAGCUGGAUAUAUUGUUCCCAGCAUUAAGGAGGUUUCCUUAUUCCCACCUGGUCUUAGCUCAGCCCCCAUGUACUGGAUGAGUGCCCCCCUAGAGAGGUGCAUGCCGCACCCCCUUUAAAUCAAGCACAUAAAAAGGCAGAGCAGAUGCCAAAUGGCCACAUGGUGGAGCCGGAACCUUGUAUAGACCGGAGCCUACUCUGCUCACUCAGCUGCCUUUAACCCCUGUGAGCCUAGAAGUCCUGUAAGAAUCCCAGGAAGAAGUAAAUAAAUAAAGCAGCAUGCUAGUGUGUGCAUGAGAGUGUAUAUCACACAGCAGGCUCCUGUCACUGUACACAUGGCUUUUCACAGCUCAAGUCCAAGCUGCAGUGACAGCAGCAGUGUUACCUGCAGGAGUAGCAUCCAGCAGUACGGGCCAGAAAAUCACCCAAACUUGUCCCCAACUGGCCACCUGCUGGUAGCAGUCUUCCUAGGAGUUAUUGGAAGUUUGGGCUUUUUCAAUAACCUUGUGGUGCUUAUUCUGUUCUGCCAGUACAAAGUCCUGCGCUCCCCAAUUAACAUGCUGCUGAUGAACAUCUCUCUGAGUGACCUGAUGGUCUGCAUCCUUGGGACCCCAUUCAGCUUUGCAGCCAGCACCCAGGGACACUGGCUCAUAGGAGAAAUUGGCUGCAUCUGGUAUGGAUUCGUCAACACGCUUUUUGGAACAGUCUCUCUGGUGUCAUUGGCUGUCCUGUCUUAUGAGCGAUAUUGCACCAUGCUUCGAAGCACUGAGGCAGAUUUGACAAAUUAUAAAAAAGCCUGGCUUGGGAUACUGGUAUCUUGGAUAUACUCAUUGGUCUGGACGCUUCCUCCACUUUUUGGAUGGAGCAAAUAUGGACCAGAAGGGCCUGGCACAACCUGCUCUGUAAACUGGCACUCACGCGAUGCCAAUAACAUAUCUUACAUUGUGUGCCUUUUCAUCUUUUGCCUGGCCUUGCCUUUCGCUGUCAUUGUUUACUGUUAUGGGAGACUACUUUUUGCUAUUAAACAGGUCAGUGGGGUAAGUAAAAGCAGUUCCCGUGCUCGGGAGCAGAGAGUACUUAUCAUGGUCAUCGUGAUGGUUGUUUGCUUCCUGCUCUGCUGGCUGCCCUAUGGGGUCAUGGCAUUGGUUGCAACAUUCGGAAAGCCGGGCAUCAUUUCCCCCUCUGCUAGCAUCAUCCCCUCCGUGCUGGCAAAGAGCAGUACCGUGUAUAACCCCAUUAUCUACAUCUUCCUCAACAAGCAGUUCUACAGAUGCUUCACUGCUUUGAUUCACUGCAACAAACACCCUCAAGUCUCCAGCAACAAAGGCUCAUCCAAAACUACCAAGAUUAUGUUAACUGCCCGCAAGCUGCCGGAUGCUAACUUCACGGUCAAUGCUGCCUCCAACCCACCCUCCAGCUCGGUAGUGAAAUAUGAAGCCGACAGUAAAACUCACAAUGGCGACACAAAGCCCUUCAAGACUCUGGUUGCUAAUUAUGUCAUCUAAUAAAAUUGCUGUCAUGUGACUCAUUCCUACUAAAUAGGAGAGGACGGUGGGUUUGUUCCCUGAAUGAUGAUAUUAAUGAAAUAUUCCAACCCAUCCAGUUGCAAUUGUGCAAUAUAGAUUGUAGGACAGACAGACCUGUCUAUUCUCAGGACACUUCUGCAGCAUUUACCUGACAAGUAUUGCCGUUGCAGGAAAUGUUAAACGUUAGAACCACCCACAUCUCCUCCAGUGCUCACUAUGGUGGGCAAAGAACUCCAGUGAGGUCCUGCUCUCCUUUGGGCAUCAGAACUGAAGUUGGAGUCAGGACUAAAGUGUCUGGACAUGACGGUUAUUUUUAUUGCGACAUGAGGAGAGAAGGAUCAUCAAACUGUUCUAAAUAUGUAUCUGUAUUUGUUUCUCAGUGAAAGAGAGAUUCUUCUGUAUUUUUAUGUGCAUUUUUAAAAUGUGUACAAGUGUGUGUACAGGGCAGAGUCUGAUAUCCAUGCAGUUUAAGGGAAAUUGUCAUCAGAGCCCAAGAUGUUUACUGUUGCUGAAAAACACUGGAUAAAAAAGCUGGAAACAUUACCAGCGCUUUUUGCACUUGCAUGUGGGAAGCCAUUUUCUGGUACGCAUGUGACUGUAGCUGCUUCCUUUCUGGCAAACAUCACAAGCCCAAUCAUGCUUUAUGGCAGGGAUUCUAGAUACGCUCUCAGGAUUAAAGCCCAUGGGACAAAGCUGGAUUUAUUGCCCGUUUUCUGUUUUCUGAUUUACUGCACUGCUGCUAGGAAUUCCUGGGGCUAAUUUAAUAAUGACAAUGAAAGACAGAAGGAGGAUUAGCUGAGGCAAAGAAAAUGGAUGUGUUGAAUUAAUAAUCUAUGAAAUGUGAGCCUGCUAAUGUGACAGAAUCCUAUUAAAGCUUUUGUAAGACAUGAAUGCAAUUAUAAUAAAAGAGGGUAACUGUGUGACGAGAGUGUGACUUCAAGAUCAGAAAUAAAUGUAUAUUUGUUUUAAACAGAA